AUGCCAAAAAGUCGUCUCUUUUACAUCCGAGAUGAGAACUCCGGCUACUUGUUUUUAGUGGACACUGGGGCACAAAUUAGUGUAAUACCAGCCAAGCCUAAUAUGUUGACUAGAAAGACAGAUUAUACGCGAUCUUUUCCGUGGGUAUUCACGAUAGCCCAAGUUCGAACCCCAAUCCUAGGAGCGGAUUUCCUCGCCCACUUUAACUUGUCCGUUAAUAUGUCUUCCCUUUCUUUGGAGGAUAAAACGACCAACAUUACAAGGAAAGGAAUUACAUCUAUUCAUACGAGCACAUGUAUCAGCGCAACUCUACCUGAAGCCAACGGAAUGCAGGAUCUGUUACAAAAAUAUUCUCAAAUUACAACACCAUUCCGGUAUACAGAAACCGUUCGUCACAAUGCUGAGCACCACAUUGAUACUACGGGCCCACCCACGCAUUCAUCUCCACGGCGAUUGAGGCCUGAUAAAUAUAAACUGGCGAACGACGAGUUUCAGCACAUGCUGGACCUCGGUAUAAUUAGACCUUCUUCGAGUCCUUACUCAUCUCCUCUUCAUAUGGUUCCAAAACCGGACUCAGGAGCUUGGAGACCUUGUGGCGACUUCCGGAAGCUGAAUGCUACUACAAUUCCGGAUAAAUACCCCAUCCCGCACUUGCACGAUUUCGCAGUGGGUCUGCAGGGCGCCACAGUCUUCACCAAACUUGAUCUGGUGAAAGCAUUCCACCAGAUACCAGUGGCCAAGGAAGACAUCUAUAAUACAGCAAUAACUACUCCUUUUGGCUUAUACGCAUUUAGGGGUAAGUCGAUACAGCCGCAAAUUUACUCUUCCACCUCAUCAGCUUCUUCUGCGUUCUUGUUCACUGCCGCUGACUUUAUAUGCGUUCGAAGGUGGUCAGUCUUCGACUUUUCCGUAGAAGACUGCCUUACUCCUGACCUCCUUCGGUGCGUGCUUCUCUGUAGAGAGAUAGUACAAUCUCUUCAUAUGAUUCGCCUGACGUGCUAA